AUGUACGCUACGGGAAGUGCGACAGCCAGAGGACUUCAAUGUAAGACUUACCUGAUCGAGACCCAGAGGCCCUGCAACCUGAAGAUCUAUAGUGACAGCACAGCCGGACGUGGCAUGUGCAGUCGAGUUGGGGUGGGCAAGGUCAGGCACCUGGAGCUGAGGUACUUGUGGAUUCAGGAGCGGUUGCGUCUGAAGGCGUUCGAGCUUCACAAGGAGGACACCAGCAAGAUGACAGCCGACAUGCUCACGAAGUACAACGAGUGGCCGACAAUCGAGAAGCAUUGCACCACUCUCAACCUCAGGUUCGGAAAGCAGUUGACGGGCUUGAGUGCAAUGGCAGUUUUUACGGAGGUCGUGACGAAGGCGUCAGGCGAGAAGGUGACAGUGUACGGAGGUUCUGACGAGGUUGCGGUUUGCCCCGCGCCUGUCAGCCACUACGUGGACAGCGAGGAGUUCAGGUUCUACUUGAUGUUGGGACUUGUUGUGGUGACUGCAGCGAGUACUUUCUUAUUGGGGUGCUGGUGUGGUUGCUACUUCAAGAACUUCUACGACAAGUUCCUCCUCCAGGGUGCGGUUAGCCCCGCCUCUGGAAGCACGUGUCCACCAUCUGCGCGGGCUGACGUCGAGUUCAAGACCGUGUGUGUACAGCAGGACAAGGGAGCAAGGCACAAGCUCUUAAACACGUUUCUUGUGGCUGAGCUGCGAGCUGUCUUGAAGGCCAAGGGCCUGGCCGUGUCAGGGAUCAAGGAGGACCUGGUCACGAGGAUGAUCAAGCACGGAUGUGUUCUGUCGGAUCGCCAGGCCAAGGAGAUCGAGCAGCUGCGGGUGAUGGCUACAGCGUAUGGACCUCUUGCCAAGCUUAGCUUGCAGGACAUCAGCAGUCCAGAGGCCGCGCAGAAGUGGAUUGAGACGUUCAAGGGCGAGUGCCGAGACCGUUCCAGAGGCCAGCUGGAGCACCGCGCGCGCGAGUCGCAGGGCGCGCUGCUCCGCUUCUUCGAGGAGCGCGGCCGCGCGGCGCCCGUGAUCAUGCACAACGUGGUCGGGCGGGAGAGGCGCGACGCCGGGUCGGCGUCCGUGUACAACGCAGAGGAGACUCGGAGCCGCUGGGAGGGCUGA